AUUAGCGAGGGAAAAAUCAAAUAUAGCGAAGUCUUCCCGAUCACCGAUGCUAAGUGUUCAACCGAGACGGGGAGUGGCCGGGAGGAAACGACUGCACCAAUAAUCCAACAGAAAGAUCAAAGCAAGAGAGCCAUUGCCGACCAUGGAUGUUCCUGUUCCGGGGAAUAAAUCCAUUCGCAGUAGCGAAGGUGGCGAUAGAAUCAGUUAUCUGCCGCAGAGUCUAAUUGAACACAUCUUGACCUUUCUCCCCCUACGAGAAGCAGCUAAGACCAGUAUAUUGUCAACUUCCUGGAGGGAUAAAUGGGUUAAUCUUCCAUCGCUCAUAUUCGAUGACCGUUUUUGGACGCCAUUCCCAGUUGUUGAGACGUCUGCUCAGUACUAUGCCACUUAUGGGGCCGUUCCUAAUACGAUCGACAAGCUCGUGUUGAAUGUGUUCAGAGUUCUCUGUUACCACCGGGGACCCUUGAGUGGGUUCUCGCUUUCUAUCUCUCAACUGAGGAGCUACCCUGCACAUGUUGAUCAAAUCAUGUUUUCCUUGUAUGGCAAACCGAUUGAGAGUUUAUGCAUUGCGAUCGAUGGGUACAAGCUGCCUAGUCGUCUCUUCUCAUUCAGGCAGCUCAAGAAGUUGCAGUUGUUUGGCUGCAUGUUCACUUCGUCCAAAAUUUCGUUCGAGGAAUUCAGCAUGCUUACUUGCCUUGAUCUUAGCUCGGUCAAGUUCCCGGAUGUUGCUGAGGUUUCUCUCACCAUUCGAUGCCCAUUGCUUUCUGCUUUGACUAUGAAGGAUUGUGGAAGUGCCUUCAACCGUCUAGAUAUACUGAUUGAAGCACCCAGCCUCGGCCUUCUCCAUUGUGUGGGGAGCUUCAGUUCUCUGUGGGUCAAGGAGGCUCCACUUCUCAAAGAUGUGACCAUUAAUCAGACUGCAAGCUUUGCUGGUCAUCCUAAGAGCAAUGGGCCUUCCAAUUUCAUGAAAUUAUGUGGUGGUUGUCCAGCAAUAGAGCGGCUCUCUGUGGCAAUUCAGCUCUUUGAGGACUGGGGAACCCUAGAGCUGAUUCGUCAACCGGAUCCAGCUGUGAACCUAAUGAUGCUUAGGCAACUGAAGUUGAAUGAAGUGUGUCUCAGCUUUUACCAUGAUAUGUGGCGUGUUGUUCUCUUAAUCCAACUCUUCCCCAACUUGCAAGAACUCAUCAUCACUACUACGACAGGCGCAAGCCAGAAGGCAGAUAUCAACCUGCCAAAUCAAAAACUGGAUAGAACCAGGCAUUACAUAGCAAGUAGGCUGAGGAAAGUGGAAUUGAACCGGUUGCAGGGUGUGUUGUCGGAGAUGCGUUUCAUUCAAUGGGUAUUAUCUGUUACACCCAAGCUUGUCAAGAUGGGGAUCACAUUGUCGGCAAAUAUAGAGCCCAGUCACCAGAUAAAAACUCUGAAAGAGUUGAAUGGAUUUCAGCGGGCCUCCAGCACUGCACAAAUCAUAUUCAAGUGAUAGCGGCACUGGUUUCUGUAGCCAUUAUCUUAAGUACAUGAAAUUUAUGCUAUUCUUCUUAUGUUGUGCAUUGAGUACUCUUUCAUGGCACCUUGCUUUGGUGCAGGCAUUGUUACUGAUUUUGCAGGCCUUGCAUUGAGUAUAUAUAUUGACUAUUUCGGUGCACUCACAAAAAUGAGUGCGUUCAAUGCACCCAACUCAAAAACUAGUUUUAAGGUGUCGGAUUUUGAAUUUUAAUUUGUAGAAUUAGUGUAAUAUGAUGAUAUAAUAUAUGCUAACAACUAAUUAGCGGAUAUCCUAAGCCCUAGACCUCCAAUUUUGAGUUCUAUCCCUAAACCCCAAAUUGUAAACCCUAAUUCUAAAUCUCUAAACUCUAAAUCCUUCAAAUUAAAGUAAAUCUUUAAU